AUGUCGCGCCCCUCAGUAGCUAGGGAUUGCGUUGAUGUUGAUCUACUUCAUGAAUUCCCGAAGCGAAUUCUGUUGGGGAUGGAAGAAUACUUGUAUUUUCAGAAGGUAACGUAUGAGAAUCUACCAGAUUAUUGUAUGGAAUGUCGUAAGCUUGGACAUGCGACAAUCAAUUGUCGCCAUGGUAAUGUGAAGGCAGCGUCCGCGACUGCGACAAUAGAAGAACUGCGCGCGAAGGUGGUUAAUCAGUCGACAACUGGAAUGAAGCAAUCAGUGCCGAAAAAAGUAGGAAUAAGUCUUCAAACAAAGCCUCCACCCCCAGAGCCCGUAUGGAAGAUGAAAACUCUCCAAGAGAAAGCUACUGUGCAGAAUACAAAACAGCAAACAGAGGGCUCUUCAUCAGGCCUGACCACCAAAGAAAAGAAGGAUGUUCCUACGGAUAUUGGAAGUUUAAGCCCUUUAGUCCAACAAGAGAAGCGUCUCAUCUCUAAAGAACAGGAUCAGAUUGAUGAUAAAGAAGAAGAACAUGUACAUUCUAAAGGGAAUUUAACUAAGGAAGUGGAAAGCGAAUCGGAAACAGAAUUGGUCCUUGAUGACGCGCGUAAUGAGCUCCAUUCCAACUAUCUACUCAGGGAAGAUGAGACAAAAGAUGAUGGAGACAUUGGGAUGAAUGAAUCAGCAGUUGAGGAUAUGCGGCUUGUGGUGUUUGAUGGUGAAGAAAUAAAGAAAAAAAGAGGGAGGCCGCGGGGUUCAAAAACCGGAGUAAAAGUUCAGGGUACAGAGACUCGUCGAUCGACGAGAUUGCAAGGUGACUCUCCACAAAAAUUUCUCAAUGAGUAA